AUGUUGGCCAAAUCUUUCCUCGCAGUCGCUGCGCUCGCCGCAGGCGCAAACGCUCACUUCCGCCUCCUCGCACCCACCUGGCGCGGCAGCUCCUUCGAGGAACCAGCCAGCCAAUGGAUAUAUCCCUGUGCCAACGUCAAUGAGACGACUGACAUGGCAAACCGCACUCUCUGGCCCCCCAGUGGCGGUUCGACCAUAAUAAACGGCAGCCACCCAUCCGCCCUUACGGCCGUUAACCUAGCUCUCGGUUCUAAUGCCACGAACUUCAACAUCACGCUCCUGGAAAUGUUCAAUCAAACCGGUGCAGGUGUGUUCUGCAUGAAAGAGACUGGACGGGCAAACCUAGAGGAAGGAUUCAAGGCGGCGGGCUACUCGGGCUUGGAUGACGAGAGGAUUAAUGGGUUGAUGGCUACCGUACAGGUCAUUCAGCUAGGCCACAGCGGAAGUGCGCUUUACAAUUGCGCAGACAUCAUGUUCAACUCCACAGCUGAAUUGCUCUCGGACGAUCAAUGCCAGAACGGAACAGGGGUUUCAGGUGUCGCUAUCGAGAACGCUGCGACUGAGACGACCAACGGAUCGUCAGAAGCGUCGGCUACACCAACUGGUGCGGCAAGCAGGCUCAGUCCGGUUGUGGGAAGCGGGUUGUUGGCUGCUGUCCUGGCCUGGGGGUUGUUGUAA